UACCUGUGUGAAGGCUUGGAGGUGGAGGUGCCUGUCUGCUCAUUGAGCACCUGCUGUGUGCCAGGUCCCCAUUUUCCUGGAAUUUACUGCCAAAUGGGGCAGAUGGGUUUUUUUAAAGUUGACAGAAGAUUAAGGGCUGUAAAGGAGCCCAGCAGGUUGCAGAAGAGCAGGGGGUGGCACUGUCCUACAGGGCUUUGGGUAGGACAGAGCAGGGAGGCAGUCCUUGGGGAGGGAGUGUUGAGCCUAGAGGCUGUGGGAGGGGGUCUGAGCUGCUCUCUGGGUGAGCUGGGAGCACUGGGGCUUUAUACAGUGGCUUUUAGCACACACUGAGGAGGGCGGAGGUGCCAAGACUGGAUGCCGGAACCUAGUUGAGCCUGUUGGAGCUGUGGCGGCAGGUGGGGAGCUUGGCCUGGACCAGGAGCAUGGCAGUGCAGACAGGAAGGCAGAGUGCUGUGGUCUCCUGAUCUGCGCUGUAGCAUGGUCUAUUCACCCUCAUGGUAUUGAAACGAGUAAAAUAAAAGGUUCAGCUCCUCAGCAGUACUGGCCCAUUUCGAGUGCUCAGUGGCCCCAUUUGACCAGAGCCCGCUGUGUUGGGCAGCGCAGAGAGCGAAUACCCCUGUCCAUGCAUGAAGUUCUAGCAGAUGGCUCUGGACUUCAGAAUAAAGUUGAGGGGGCAGGCAUUGAGAACCUUCCCUGUGAACUUCAGAGAAACUUCCAGCUCAUGCGAGAGCUGGACCAGAGGACAGAAGAUAAGAAAGCGGAGAUCGACAUGCUGGCUGCAGAGUACAUCUCCACGGUGAAGGCCCUUUCUCCAGGCCAGCGUGUGGAGCAGCUGCGGAAGAUCCAGGACGCCUACAGCAGGUGCAGGGAGUACAGUGACGACAAGGUGCAGCUGGCCAUGCAGACCUACGAGAUGGUGGAUAAACACAUCCGAAGGCUGGACGCGGACCUGGCACGCUUCGAGGCGGAUCUGAAGGACAAGCUGGAGGGCAGCGACUGUGAAGGCUCCGGGGGCCGAGGGCUGAAAAAGGGUCGAGGUCAGAAGGAAAAAAGAGGCUCGCGGGGUCGUGGCAGGAGGACCUCAGAAGAAGACACCCCCAAGAAGAAGAAGCAUAAAGGAGGGUCUGAGUUCAGCGACACUAUCCUGUCUGUGCAUCCGUCUGACGUGCUGGACAUGCCCGUAGACCCAAAUGAGCCCACCUACUGCCUGUGCCACCAGGUGUCCUAUGGGGAGAUGAUAGGCUGUGACAAUCCGGACUGUCCCAUCGAGUGGUUUCACUUCGCCUGUGUGGACCUGACUACGAAGCCCAAAGGGAAAUGGUCAGUAUGGGGUGUCGGCCUCUCUCGGCCUGCGGGCGUCGUGUGCACUGGCUCCCCUGAGGACCGGCGCGUGGACCUUCCCAGCUGCAGCCUUGGGCCCUCUGGGUGCGGCUGUGGGGGCCUGGCCUGUGAUGCAGCCUGGUCCUGCUUCCCAGGGUCUGACUGGCAGAGGGACAUCUGCCCACCCCUCCAUGGGUCACGUUGUCUGUUAUGUUUGUGUAAUACAUUUCUAUUACUCUCCUAAAGGCAGCCAUGCGACCCCUGAGAUAGAGAUAAUGUUAAUUAAAAAUAAGAAACGAGGGGCUCUUUCCCCAGGGAAAUCUUGAGAGGUGAGAGCCUGAGCAUUCAGCACUUGGAGACCUGGGCACCAGCCAGGGGCUCUCUCUGCCGAGGGCCCAUGCCUACCUGAGGGCACUGGGCCCUGCACGCUUGCUAUCCUGGCAUUUAGUUGGCAGCCUCAGCACUUAAUGUUGUCCCUAAGAUUGCAGGUGACUGAACCUGUUUUUUUUGCUUGUGUAAGGAUGGACACAGGACAUGAAGUGGGAUCUUGGGGACACUGCCCCUAGUUCGUCGGUACAGCAGCUAUUUCCAUCGUGGCAUGUUUGCUUGUGUGUGGACAGAGGAAGACCAGAAAUGGAUGACUGCAGGGGGGGGUGGCGCUCGGGUGCUGGGAGCCACAGGCAGUCUUGGCUGGUGGGCAGCUCCCUUGGUGCCGGGAUGCAUGGGGCAGUCUGGGCAGUGAUGCAGUGGACCCAGGUGGGGCCCUGUGGCGUGGGUGACGACCGUGACGGCAGGGCAGCCCGUGGGGCUGAGAGGCUGACCAGGGGCAGGCCAGCCUGUGAUGGGCAUGCGGGCCAGCACGGGCGUGAGGCCGGGAGGCUGGAUUUGAGUUGGAUUAGGACUCAGUGGGUGUGAAUUCAUGGGACUUCGGGUGGAAGGUUACAGUAGGUCUUGGAAGAUAACUCUGCUUCUGGGACUGGGGCUGGGUGGCAGAGCCAGUUUAACUUCUGGUUUCUCUGUGGUAUUCGCAGAGACCACUGAGCAUCCAGGCUCUUGUACGUCAGUGAGGCUUAGCGUCUCUGCUGGCUUGUAAGCUCGCUGCUGGAGCCUAGCUCCCCCAGGGUGCUCCGUGCCCACUCACUGGCACGGCUGGACGCUGGAGAAUGGAGGCCUGGGGCCCGGCGAGCCUGCCACAUGUGGAUCGGCUGCCUUGUGCAUAGGGAGUGCAGGAGCUGAGGGGCAAGGCUGGGUGGAAUGCUGUCCCGUGUCAUCAGUGGCCGCUGUGGCCCAGGAGUGACCUGCAUCUGAGCCCUGGACUUACUUGUCCAGGGUCACCAGAGAGCACUUGUGAGUCAGGCAGGUUCCGGGGCCCACCCAGACUGUGCGGGGGCUGCAUGCCUGCUGGGGUAAGUCUGCUACACCCUCCCACCAUACUUGGCUGUCAGCCCCUCCAGUCCACCGGCGUGACGUGGCAUUGUCUCCAUUUUGGUUGCUGGUGACCCCAUUAGCACACAGGGAAAUCCAGCCAGUUGAUGAAGAGGAUGCCUGUGCGUGAAAUCCGUCUUUCUCAUUGAUCCGUAUCUACCAGCGUUUAAACAGGUGUGCUGGGUAGAGCACCUGCGUGGGUUGCCACAGGGCCGCUGUGUGCUCUCGGCCUGAGGGCUCUCCUCCCGCUGUUUUGUCUGCGGGCAGCUAUCCUGGGAGACCCCGGGGGCGGGGAUGGGCCUCCUGCGGGCUACGGCCGAUCGCUGUGCCUCUCCCAUCCAGGUUCUGUCCCCGGUGCGUCCAGGAAAGGAGGAAGAAGAAGUAAGGAGGGGCUGACCAGGACCAGAAGAGCAAGUUAAUGUGUUCCUUCCCUCAUUCGUGUUGCAAUAUUUUAUCUUCGUUUUUAAAAUUACCUUCUUUUGAACGACAUUUAAUAACUCAGUGGCCAGGUGUGAUUCUGAAUGUUUCCUAAAACACGCGAGUCCACCUGAGCCAUGUGUGCACUGAGGAGCGCGCUUACAGGAACUUGCCACGUGACUGCGCUCCCAUGCCUUCCUGUACAGACCCCAGCGCCGAGCACAGCAGUCAUGCCGAGCAGCCAUUUCCUGGGUAUGUGUGGUGCAGAGCAGUGGACCUGGUGGAUAUCCCACUGGAAACUGCCAUCACUUUGCAGCUAGAGGAGGGAGCCUCACUGGUAGCAUCCGGGCCUGCAGCACCACUGCGGCACAUUUGUGCCACGUGAGGGGCCGAUGAAGGAAUCUGGCAUGGCGUUGCUGGGAUGCGUCUCCCAGCUCUGCGUGGAAGCCAAUGACCUCCUGGGAAGGACUGGGCUCUCCCUGAAGGGGGGGCCCUCCUUGGCUGUGCACUGCCUUUGCCGUCCAGACUCCCAGUCCCCUCCGUGUGGGUUCACCUUCUGGAGUAAACGGCUCUUUAUUAGCAAACGGGCUGUCGGUUACCAUGACCAGUGCCCAUAAGAGACAGUGUAACCAGCGGGCUGUCUUUCUGUGUCUCGGGGAAUUCUGACGCUUUUACUGUGAAGACGAAGUUAUUGUAAUAGCAUGAAGGUAGCAGGCCUGUGUGCAUGUGGAGUGCGUCCAAUCUACUAGAAGCUGUAUGCCUGUCAUGCUACUGACUAGGUAUAACUUGUAUCCCAAGGGAUUACAGUCGUGUCUUGUGAUUUGUGAAUUUCUCAUGCCACAUAGCAGCUCUGGAGUGAAGCUAGGACUGGGGAAUUCUUUCUGUUUAAUCAGCAUUCACCAAACCGAUUUUGAACUGUCUGGUCAUGUCGGGGGAAAUUGCAUGCACAUGGUGUGUUGAGAUCCAUUUGCGACAGUACAUGAGGUGUGACCUCUGGGCACGUCCUUGCACUCUGUCUCCACAGCAGCAGUUAGAGAGGUCAGGGUUCCUGAGACCCUGUUUCCUUCUCAUGGCCCAGUUUCCUUGGUAUUUUCCUCCCAUUUGCUACUAUUUUACCAAGGAGAGGAAAUAAAGCUGGAAGGAGCUUGAAGCUGUACCCUUGAUGGGCUGCUCCCCACCAAGCAGGCUACCAUUUGGCACGUGAGAUGAGAGCGGUGCAUCAGGGACUCCGCGGUCUGGCUGGAGCCAUCUGUGGUCCGGUGGCCUCUGCCUGCAGUGGGCAGUCGGGACUGCUGUCUUUUCUGGAGCAGGCUGAGGGAGCAGGACUUGCCCAUGGCGGCCGAGGCAGGGUCAGUGUGGCAGGCGCCAGCCUUCCAUGGGACGGGGUGCUUGGGGUGGGGGCUCUGCAGUGGCUGUGGUGUGUCCCUGUGGGCCCCGGGCCUGAUGAGCCUCCUUGGAACUGACGCCUCCCUACUGCUCAGGAAGAGGAGUCGGGGCAUCAGAACGGCUCCGGCCAGCACACACCCAGGUCUCAACCAUGGCCGGGAAAUGAGGCAUGUUUGUAUUUAGCAACUUAGCUUUUUGUUAACAUGGGUGUUUUAAAGAUUGCGGGGAGUAAAUUGUGGAAAAUUUUUUUCUUUACUCUUUUACCAGUUUUGUGGGAAAGAUAGGUAAGUACAAUAAGCCUGUGAUGGUUCUUUAGAAGCUGAUUUAAUAUGUACCCUUCAUCUGUGAACGCUUCAUGUGGUCGUCCUCCAGGAAAACUGGUGUUUGCAGAUGUAGGUGGAUGGCCGGUUAAGUUUCGGUUGUCACCUGGUUUCCCAGGAAAGAUGACCAACUUUCCUGUCUUCAGCUUCU